CCAAAUCAAAUUAGAAUCCUCCGUGGCAUCUGCGAGAGCAAGCUCAAACACAGCAAUGGCAGAAAAUGAUCAAACGACAAUGGACCGCCGAAAGGAGGCGAGGGUGGCCAUUAUGGAGCUGGCCAACAUGGUAAGUGUCCCGAUGUCCCUCCACGCCAUCGUAACCCUCAACAUCCCUGAGGCCAUCUGGCAAUCCGGAGCCAACACCCCUCUCUCCCCUUCCCAAAUCCUCUCCAAGCUGGGCCCAACCACACCACCAACAGCCCCUUCCCCCGACCCCCAAAACCUCCAACGCAUCCUCCGGAUGCUCGCCAGCUACGACGUUUUCAUCGAACACCUGGACAGCAACUCAGCAGACGAGCGCAGAUACUCCCUCUCUGAGAUCGGGAAGACCCUCGUCCCGGACAAGGACGGCUUAUCCUACGCACCCUACGUGCUCCAGCACCACCAGGAUGCGCUGAUGCGGGCGUGGCCGCGGCUGCAUGAGGCGGUGCUAGACCCCACCGUCGAGCCCUUCGUGAAGGCUAACGGCGGGGUUUCGGCGUACCAGUACUACGGGGAGAAGCCGGAGAUGAAUGAGCUGAUGCAGAGGGCCAUGGAGGGCGUAUCUGGUCCGUACAUGAAGGCUAUGCUUGAUGGUUAUGGAGAUGGAUUUAAACAAGUGGAUCGGCUCGUCGAUGUCGGUGGAAGCUCCGGCGCUUGCUUGAAAAUGAUCAUGGACCGGAAUCCGCAUGUGAAGGAGGGGAUCAAUUUCGAUCUUCCAGAGGUCGUCGCCAAAGCUCCUUCCAUCCCAGGAGUGACGCACGUGGGCGGUGAUAUGUUCAAGUCCAUACCAUCUGGUGAUGCUAUUUUCAUGAAGUGGGUUUUAACAACGUGGACCGAUGACGAAUGCAUGAUACUAUUGAAGAACUGCUACAAUGCCCUCCCACAAGGAGGGAAGUUGAUCGCCUGUGAGCCGGUGUUACCGAAGGGAACUGACAGCAGUCGGAGGACACGUGCCCUUCUAGAAGGUGACAUCUUCGUGAUGGCCAUUUACCGUGCCAAGGGUAGAGAACGGACAGAGGAAGAAUUCCAGCAACUCGGUUACUCCGUCGGAUUUCGUACUUUCCGGGCCAUCUAUCUCGACCAUUUCUACACUCUUUUGGAAUUCCAAAGGUGAUGCAACAUUUACUUGGUUUCUGGUUUCUUCUGGGGAAGAUGUUGGUUGUUAUUUUUAUCAAAUCGUAGAUUUUCUAAGCUGUUGGGUAAGGAUUACAUACACU